UUAAAGUAUUUUGUUUUUAGUAAAUUUUAGAAAGAAUCUCAUGACGUUCUGAUUGGCAACCAUUUAGCUUUGGACUGGAUGGCAUGACAGCUGUCAACCACGGGAGGAUGGAGCGCAGAAGGUUCCAAGAAGAGGAAAAGUUUGUUAAGCUUCCUCCUCUGCAACAGAAGAAGAACACAAUAUAUAUUCCAAACUCUGUAUGUCGCAAAAAAACGGGAGAAGAUCUAAAACUUCCUGCCUUGGAAGCAAGAAGAGAAGAACGGCAAUACGUUGCAGAGAAACAACUAAGCAAUUACACCGGUUGCCCAGAGUUGUAUAGAACGAGAGACAUCAAAGCAGACCCAUCAAAGAAGCAUGGUCUCGGAGCUGACAUAAAAACACAAUGGCUCAAUGUAGCAUUACAAAAUCUACAGAAUAAAAGAUCAAAACAAUCAGGGAAAAAACUCUUGGAGUGGCUAAAUGAAUGCCAGAAAACUUUGAAAAAAGAUGUGUAUAAACCAAACAAGCCCUCCCUAGGACCAUGGAUCCUAAACACCUGGCUAAAACACCACCAAAAAAAUCCGGAAGUAUUUGACGAAGAAAUCGAGGAGUGGGUCAAAAUAUGCCUCUGUCAUAUUACGUUUGAAGGCCCAACCACUUGCCGCUUGACACCCCAAAAAUGGGUUGAAAAAUCCAUUUUAGCAAUUCAAAAACUAUCCACCACCAAAAAAACAUCUGAAUAUUCUCUAAGAAAGAGAUGGCUUCCAUAACCUGAUAGAUGCUAUAUGGAAGGGACAAAAGAAGAAAGUAAGGCGGACAAUGAAUCUAACAAUUUUACAAGAUAAAGAAUUUAUACAGUACAUGGAAAGGGCAUUGGACUUUUUCUUUAAAGAGAACAGAAAAGAAGAAACUUCAUUACAGAAUCUAUGGGACACAGC